AUGGCAGCCAACAAGAACAAGACGCAGAGUUCCUUGGCGCUACACAAGGUGAUCAUGGUGGGAAGCGGUGGCGUAGGCAAGUCUGCGCUUACUCUACAGUUCAUGUAUGAUGAGUUUGUAGAAGAUUAUGAGCCCACCAAGGCCGACAGCUACAGGAAGAAAGUGGUGCUGGACGGAGAGGAGGUUCAGAUCGACAUCCUGGACACGGCGGGUCAGGAGGACUAUGCGGCUAUUCGAGACAACUACUUCCGCAGCGGCGAGGGCUUCCUGCUGGUCUUCUCCAUUACAGAGCACGAGUCCUUCACAGCUACGGCGGAGUUCAGAGAGCAGAUCCUGCGUGUGAAGGCGGAGGAAGAUAAGAUCCCCCUUCUCCUCGUAGGGAACAAAUCCGAUUUGGAGGACAGGAGACAAGUUCCUGUGGACGAGGCCCGAGGCAAGGCAGAGGAAUGGGGCGUUCAGUAUGUGGAGACUUCAGCCAAAACAAGAGCCAAUGUAGACAAGGUUUUCUUCGACCUCAUGAGGGAAAUCCGAUCGAAGAAAAUGUCCGAGAACAAAGACAAGAACGGAAAGAAAAGCGGUAAAAGCAAGAAGAGCUUCAAACAACGUUGCUGCCUACUGUGA